AUGGCAACUUUACCAAGUUGUAUGUAUUGGACAUUUACUAAUUCUGGUUUAUUAAUACAAGACUGGUUAUUAAAGCCUGUAAGACCAGUUAAUUUAAAUGAAGCAAUGAAUCAAUUAUAUUUAUCAUCUGUUAUACAUUCAAAAAAUCAAUUCAGUAAUUCAAAUGAAAAUUUCAUUGAUAAUUCAACUGAUAGUAUACAAUAUAUUUUACAAAUUAUCUUUUAUUUUAGUUUACCAUUGAUACCAGCAGCGACAACAUUGUUUACACUUGUUAAUAUAUUUCAUGAAUCAAAAUAUUAUACUUGUCCAAAGUAUACAUUAUAUACACGUCCAUAUAUACAAAGAUUAUCUCAAUAUUUAAUUGUAUUCUAUGUGCUCACAGGUAUAAAUUCUUCAUUAAUAUGGUUAUCAAGUUUACCACGUUAUAUACCAAUGUCAAUUGGACAAUAUACCACAUUAACAAAUUAUCAAAUAAUCGAUAAAAAUCAAUUAAAUACAGAUUUAAAUUCUACUCAUCAAUAUAAUACACUUUCAAAUAUGGAUAUAUAUAAUAAUAAUAAUAAUAAUAGUACACCGAAAUUUAUUACACAAUUACCUGCAAUGUUAACAAUGCAAAUUGUAUUACGUUUAACAUUAUGUUGGUUAACUAUCGGCUUAAUAAUUGAUCGUAUUUAUAUAUUAGGUGAAUUAUAUGUUAAUCCAAUGACAAAAUCAUUUAGUCAUUAUGUAAACUAUAUAUAUAUGCUAACGAAAGAAAAAAUUAAUGAAAAUCAUUAUAUAAAAACAAUGAUAACUAAUAUAAAUAAUAAUUAUACAAAUAAAAGUAUAAUAGAAAAUACAAAAAUCAAUUCAAUAUUUCAAAUAUUUUUGAAAUUUAUUCAAAAAUAUUGUUCAAUACAAAAGUGUACAACAAUUCAAUCAUGUCCAAUAUGUAAACAAACAAAUUAUCAUAUAGAAAAUGAAUAUAUCUGUUUUUUUUGUAAACCAAAUCAUUUAUAUAAUUCAAAUGAAAAUAAACAAACAACUUUAGAUAAUAAUAAUAAUGAUAAUUUGUAUUUAAAUAAUAUUAUGCAUUAUAAAAGAAUAAAUUGUACAUCAAUUGGACGUUUAAUAUUGAUUAUUGGUUUAUUGAUUACAUGUUCAUUAGCCAUAUGUUUACCACAGGUUUGGUCAUAUCAUUUAAUUGGUAUAAAUUUAAAAAUUAAAUUAUAUAAUAAUAUUCAUAAUACUAAUAAACAACAUAUUAGUAAUAGUAAUAAUGAUAAAGAAUUUAUUGAAAAAAUAUAUCCAGCUUGGCGUUUAAUCAAUAAAACUGGUCAAAUUAUCUAUGAAUAUUGUUUUGCUGUAAUUAGUUUUGUUAUACCUUGUUGUACAAUAAUUGUUUGUCUAUUAAUAUUGAUUAUACGUUUAAUUAAAAUUAAAUAUGAAUUUCAACAUAUAUUUCUACAUAAUUUAAAUAUGAAAGAAAUUAAAUUUUAUAAACUUUAUGAAAAUAUUGUUAAGUAUAGUUUAAAUUAUUUAAUUCAAGAUUGUGUUAUAAUUUUAAUUUUGGCAAUUAUACAACUGUGUUGUUCAUUACCAUAUUUAAUGACUAAUUCAAUAAAUCGUCUUGAAUGUUAUUGUUGUUUAUUUGGUGAUUUUUUAAUUCAAUUAAUAAUUUUAUCUGUACGUUUAUGUGAAACUAAUCAUUUAAUAACUAAUAAUUAUACAUUUCAAAUUACUGAAUAUAAUUGGCUUAAAAAAUUGAACAUUAAUCGAGUUAAUAAACAAAAUUAUACUAUUGUACAAUAUCAACAUGAAAAUGAACAUAAUGAUUAUGAAAUAGAAGAAUUAAUGAAAACUCAAGAAUUGAAUGAAGAAGUAGAUGAUGAAGAUAACUGUGAAAUUAGUUCACAUGAUGAUGAUGAUGAGGUAGAAAGGCUAGAAACUCAUGCUUAUCCUAUGAAAACACCUACAGACAGUGGACAAACAAGUAAAAAUAUAUCACCAUUACCAAUAUCUCAUACAAUAUCUGAUGUACUUUUAUCACCCAAGUUUAAAUCAAAACACACUAUGCAUAGAAUUAAUGUACACCAUAAAACUCAUAGAUCAAGUCCAUCUACAUUUGCUUCUCCAAUACUUCAACGUAUACCAGAGAAUAUAAAGUAUCAUAAUGACUGUAAUAGUUUUAUUGCAAAAACAACUAUGAAGACCUCAAUCAACUCAUAUGUGGAGCCAAAAACAAAUAUGGCUAGUUUAACUUACUCACCAAGAUCACGACAUCCAUGCCGAUUACAAAAUAAAAUUACUGAAUCAAUAAAAUUAAGUAAUAAUAAUAAUAGUAAUAGUAAUAAUAAAUUCCAGCUGUCCAAUUCCUUAUCUCUAGUGCCUUCAGCUAAAGUUAUGAAAUCACCUGAUAUGAGUAUGAAAAACAUUCAUCAGAAUCGACAAACAGAUGAUUCACCGCCACCAUUACCUCCACCUCCGAAACAUUUAAUAUAUAUGCUCGGUGGAGAUUCUUCAAUCUAUUCAACACCUCAUGGAUCACCUCAACCAUCGAAUACACGUAAACAAAUCAUGUUUAAUAAUAACCUUCCAGUGGAUUAUUCACCAAACUUUCUACAGAUGACGCAUAUUUCAAAGCACGAAAGUCCAAAUGCAGCAAGUUUUCGACAGACAGACUCAGGUGUUACUGGAAUGGGUGGUUCGUUGAUUGACAGUGAACACUAUGAGCCUAAUACACUUAUUAUAUAA